CUGUGUGUGUGUGUGUGUGUGUGUGUGAGAGAGAGAGUGAGAGGGCGUGUCCUGGCUUAGUGUUUCGCCUCCACCUGAGCUUUAAAAGCUCCGGACCCUGCGUGCGCUUCUCAUUCGCGCUCACCCACACACACCCCCUCGUGCAGUAUGUAUGAGUCCGGCCGCUCGCUCUCGCUCCCUCUGCGCGCGCCACUGCUGUUGCGCGCUCCCGCAGGUUUGGAACGCGCCUUCCCGCGGACGCCGAAGUGCGCGCGCUGCCGGAACCACGGCGUCCUGUCCGCGCUGAAGGGCCACAAGCGCGCGUGCCGGUGGCGGGAUUGCGCGUGCGCGCGCUGCGCUCUGAUCGCCGAGAGGCAGAGGGUGAUGGCGGCGCAGGUGGCACUGAGGAGGCAGCAGGAGCAGGAGACCAAGAGCAGGACGGAGGGAUACGGUGACCCACUGAACUCAUACAUGUUUAACGGCUUCCUGAUCGCGUCCCCGCCAGCCCCGCUGACCUCUCCAGUGUCCAGCAGCCCCGUUCUCCCCGGGGAGCCUGUUAAAAUGAGCGGGACCGUGUCUCCCGGCCUCGACCGGCUGUCUGACCGCACCUCCAGCCCUCCGUCUCUCACAUCUUCUGACCAAGAGUCAGGAAGUGAGUGUGAAAAGAUCAAAGCCGCUUCUCCUGACCUGCUAAGCCCAGUGGUGUCCAGCAGAGAACGGGACCCGACCCAGAUUCUGCUGAAGAUUUUUCCUCAUCUCAAACCAGACACUGUGGAAUCAACACUGAGGUCAUGUGCUGGAGACAUUGUGAAGGCCAUCGAAGCUCUUCUGGCCUCCAAAGAUGAAGCACUCACACCACUAUCUGAAAGUCCAUCUCCUUCCAUCACCAGGAACCUUCUGGAAUCUCCAGAAAGUUCAGGAACCCUCAGCUCCAGCUCCGCUUUCUCUCCUUUACACACCUCAGCCACUAAAGCGUUGGCCAGCGACAGCUUGUAUGGGUUGAGUCCUCGUUUUGGGAUCAAUCCGCUUCAUCUAGCCUAUUCCGCUUCGUCCACCAGAGGUGCUUUACCCAGUUUUAUAUCUCCAUAUCUUCCAGGACUGCUGCCAGCUUUUCCUCUCCGCGCUCCUCUUCAUUACCCUUUCCCUGGGACGUCCGGCGAGCUGCCCUAUCAGGGCAAAGACACUUUCACCGCCACAGGCCUUUACUCCUCUCUCAGCCAUGGAAAAUAAAGCCGUUAUUAUUAACCUUCGUCUCACAAUCAGCCUCUGAAUCGAAUUGGCCAAUUAAUAAGAGUGCCAGGGUUAUUUGAAGUGGGGCGAUAGAAGAACCACUUUUGGCUCCCUAAAGAAGCUUUCACUGGAUGAUUCUUUAAAGAACCAUUUUUGGAAAUUAACCUUUUUAAAGAACCUCCACAUGAUGUUAUUUUGUAUGUCAAUGCCAAGAACCAUUCAAUAAUAAUUCAUAGUAGUUACUGAAUAAGUCUAAAGCUCAUAACGAUUCAAUAUGAUCGCAACUCUUUAGAAAACAAUUCAAUAGAUCAUAAAAUCUCACAUUUCUCAGUGAUUUUAUCAGAUUCAGGAUGAUUAUUGUUUUGGGAUGAAUACGAAUUUUGUAAAAUACAAUUUUUUGUGUUAGAAUAAGCUAGAGAAUGUUAUUUUGGCCAAAAUUUGAGCACAUACUUUAUUGAAUAUGAUUAUAAUAUUAGUGCAGUAUUAAUAUUAUUAUAUAUUAAAUCCUAAUGUUCCAAAAUAAAUGCAGCUGAAUCACUGCCUUCAGAUCACUGCAUUACAGCACUACUUUUUUCAGAAGCAGAGUUGCUUUUAUUGGCCAAGUAAGAUAUUACUCUUUUUAUCUGUGAGGUACUGAUUUACACAUUUAUUAAUGUUCUGUAAUUAUAAUGCAAUAAUAUGUGUUGACAACAAUGUAUAAAUGUACCAAUAUUGCCUUGAAAUGUAGCAAACGUUCUAUUUUUAUACUUUAAAUUUUGCUUUCCAGCCUCAAUUUAUUGUUGUUAUCUGCUGUAUAUAUAUAUACAUUUCAUAAAUAAA